CUCUGUCUGCAAAGGAUGCAACGAGUAUUUACCAAAAGGGUAAGUUUUCUUGAGUUGAGUACUUUAAACUGUAGCCUCAGUUUUUUAAAUCACCUAUUCUGGGCAUUGUUCUCCCCAGUUUCUCGAUCCGCACCACCGGUGGAUCGUGAUCGGAACCGGUCUCUCUAUCGUUUUUCAUUUAAACUUUGACCGGGGAAACUAUUUUAAAGUUGUACGUUUCAUUAAUUUCCUUUCCUUUCCUUGCUACAGUAGUUUUCUAGUCAAAUAUAACUGCUCUCGUAGGAUUUUUCACGACGAGAAAUCAUCUUUCUCAUUUAAGACUUUGAUCAACUUAUAUCCGAAUAUUAACCUUGUGAGCUUAUAUUUAAUACAAGCUUAUUGCUACGUAAGAUUUCUUUUAUGCACACUUAUAUUGGUCAAGGUUGCCACCAGGCAACGUGAAAUUUGUUUUUAGACGUAAGCUGGAGGUUGUGUUAAAGCAAGUUUCCCUUUCCUCACCCCUACCCACCUCCACUUCUCUUUAUGAACAAAACUGAGUAAAUUUGGGAUCUUUCCAAGAGGUAUGGGUUUUGAUUUCUUUGCUUUGUAAAUGGGUAAAUUUAGGGCUUUGUAUUUAAAGCUUGUAUCAAAUCAAAUUUGCCUUACUGUGUGCGGUCAAAACUUUUUCAAGCAACUGCCCUGAAGGAAUGAACAGUGGUCACUUUCAGAGAGACAACCUAUGAGAGGCUGUGUUUAUGGUGCAAGGAAGGUGCAAGAAAUGACAAAUUCAUUUGAUCUGGGAUAUGCUAAUUUCUAAAUGCACAGACUCACUAUUGUUCCCCUGACGUUUUGUAAGAUGCUAACAAGACCAGCAAUCUUUGGUUAGAAGACCUUCAUAUUAUUUUGUGCAAGAAAUCAUAUUAUUGCAGGCUUGUUGGAGGGAGCAGUAAAAGGGGUGCAUAUAUACCCUCCAAAUGGCCUGCUGAGGUUCACAGAUUAGUCACCUGCAGGAGUUUAAGUUGCAUGAGUUGACAAACGUGACCACCACAGAGUUAGCAAUUUUGACAAACUAUUUUUUCUGAAGGCAACCAACCUAUCUACAUUGUAUCAUUAACAAUUUCCUAAGGACAAAACGUUUCUGUUCCAGGCUUUGUUUUCUGUGAGGGCAGCAGUUUAUCAUGGACGACUAUUUCCGACGUCAUAUGCACUUGCUCAAAAGGUAAAGCAUAAUUCUGUUAGCUUUUAAGAAUUUGUUAUUUUUUGUAUACUGUAGACUUGUACUGUUGCCAUAAAAUCCUUCUGUUUUAUUAUUACAAAUGAAAGUGAAGGUGUGGUUGCAAAGCAGCUUGAACUUCAGAUCUGGCCCCAUUUGUUCAAAAGGUGGAUGAUGCUAUCCAUCGGAUAAAUCACUAUCCACUGGGUAGUGAUUUAUCCAGUGGUCAGCGCUAUCUAUCUUUUGAACAACCGGGACCUGUAGGUUAAGGCCUUUACAUUGCAUUGUUUCCAUCCUUCCUUGAUCUCUUUUAUCCAGGUGUGUAAGACCCCAUUUAUAGGUACAGUAAAAUUUUUGAACGGAUGAAAACCUGCACAGAUCUGCAUUUUGUUUACACAGGACCCGUAGAACUGUGCAAGUUUUUGAACAGCUAACAGUACUGAUAUUAAUUGUAACAUAAUUUGUUCAGUUCCAUGAAAAUGGGUUGCACAGGUAAAAAUUUGUCCAGACCUGUCUAAAUGGGGUCUAAAUGAGUGAUAGCAACAUAGUGCUUGGGGUAGCACUGUGAUAGACUAGCAUCCUUUCCAGGCUGGAACACUCCUAGUACUCCCACUCGAAAUGUUUUACAACUUAGGUAGGAUAACGAGAGUCACAGGUGGCAAAGCCUUAAUUAGCAAAUGGUAAAUGGCUCAGCAUUUACCACUGAGUUAUAGUUGCAUGCAGGAGGUUGUUGAACAUACUCUAGCUUUUUGAGGAAAUUUCUCUAACUUCUUAGGAUAUCAAAUUAAUAAUGAGGCCCGAGUGAUGCAUAGGGCUUUAAGCGCACGCUAGCUUUUGUCACCAUUCACCCAUGGGCAAGUAAUAAGUGGAUAAUUGACCAAUUAGGGCACAUGCUUUUCUUUUGUUAUGUCAAAACUUGUGUGGUUGUUGUUUAAUAUUAUUACACCUAAAAUGUCAAGAAAAGUCGCAAAUAUUCCGCUUGAAUUGGAAAAAAAUGCUGGCUUCUGGAUCAUGUUGACUGGGUUGUGAUUUCUGCCUCAUGCUUUAGAAACUAGGUUUAAAGCUCUGGCCAUUUUGGCCUCCUUGGCUGGAGUGUGGCUUGUGGUUAUGCCUGAAUGAUGAAAAAUGUAUGUUAAAAAGUUAUUAUUUUUCUGUAGGUGCCCCUGAGUAAAUUUGAAUCAGACAAGUAUCUGAACUAUCAGCACUUGGAAGACAAUUUGAAAGUAGUGCGAGACAGGUGAGAAGUUGAGAAACUUAGGCCCGUUUCAAACGUCGUGCUACUGCCGUGCCAAACUCAAUUGAUCGAAUUAAAUUCAACUUUAGCACAGCAGUAGCACGAUGUUUGAAACCAAGUCGUGCUACUGCCGUGUAGCAUGGCAAGCCUUGCCGUGCUAGCGCCAUGCCGAACUCAAUUCAUGAAUAAUUAUUAUAAAUACAUUAGAAUAUAUUUAAAAGUUUGCUAAACCGUUUCUUUAUUUUUGUGGUUUGUUUUUGGCAACAGCCGUUCCAUUCGACUGUCAUUGUGUGAAUUAAAUUCGACGUUUGAAACCAAGUCAUGCUAAUGUCGUGCUGCAGUCGAGCUAAAGUCGAGCCAGCUUAGCACGGCAGUAGCAUGACGUCUGAAACAGGCCUUAGUACAGAACACACUGCACAAGUAAGACCAAAACAAAAACAUCUUAAAAUGUAAGUGGAGAAUCCCAUGUGCAUCAUUUGUUAAACUUGUGUGCAUACAGCAAUAUUGUAUAAAACAGUGGAUAACAAUGUAGCAAUAACCAUUUUCUUGCAGGCUAAACAGGCCAUUAACGCUUUCUGAGAAAAUUCUGUACUCUCAUUUGGAUGACCCAGUAAAUCAGGUACAUUUAACUUCUGCAUAGUCAUUGCCAAUGCACACUGUCACUAAAUAUUGGCAAUCUGAUGGUGGCCUCAUAUCAAAUAAUAUAGCUAGGCAUAAAAAAAUUGUCUUUUUGACAGUGCCUUUACAGGGAUGGUAAAACACUGUUGCUGAUAGAUGAUUUUAACCUAGGUUGAUUCUAAAUUUCCUCUGUCAGACUCCCUAGUCCUAAUUGGUGAUGAUCAUGAAUAAUGAGGGCUAGGAAAUGAAGUAAAUUCAGAAUCAGCCUAGGUUAAAACUGGUUUAACCUGGGUUCCAUUUGGAUUUACAAAACAUGUUUGACAGGUGAAAUUAUUUUAAGCUACAAUCUUGGACAAAACUGUUGAGAAAAUUGUAUACUUGGAUAGCAUUUUUCUAAACAUCGUAGCUGUACCGGUUCUUCCCUCUCCCCCUUCCCCUGAAAGCAAUGUUGUUGUGUAUUCAAACAAAAGCCUGAUCCCUGGGCGUUUGUGGGAAGCGACAUUGAAUUGGGUGAAGGGGUUUUCUUUUCGCAAAGGCGUCGUUUUGGAAAUAGUUUUGUUGCGUAGGAAAGUGGACAUGAUGGGGAAAACUUUCUCAAGUAGUUUUGUCCGGGAUUGUAGGUGCAUGGUUAUUUGUUAAUGUAAAACUGUUAACCCAUUGUAACUGUGCACACAUUCUUGAGAGCCUUUUCUUCUUUUGUACAGGAUAUAGAGCGAGGUGUGUCAUACUUAAAGCUCAGACCAGAUCGAGUGGCAAUGCAAGAUGCUACUGCCCAGGUGCAUUAUAUUUAGCAAUAAUUCCUCUGUUUGGUGUCUUACAUGUCAUGGUCUCCCUAUGUGUUUACCAUAUAUAAUAAUUACAUGCGAACACAUAGAUUCAAUAAAACGUGUUUGUAGUGAACCGCCAUGUUGUCCGGGUGUGUUCUCGGAUCUCUCGUCAGUACAUGACAUUACACAUAUGAGAAAAUCAGCCCCUGGUCAAAAUGUUUUUAAGAGUACAUGUAGAUUGAAAGGCGGCCUGCAAAGAAAGGUGUGUCCGAUAGCCUGGGCUAGUGAUAUUGCGAUCUUAACUUACACUGCAGGCAAGUGAAGUUUUGUCGGGAAUUUAAGUUACAGAAGAACUGUAAGCAAUCCUGGUAAUGAAUUUUUGUUUUUUUUGGCAGGGUGGGGGGGGGGAGGGGGAGGGGAAGGGGGAGCUAGUUGAAAUGAAUUUUGGGCUUAAACAUACUAGCUACAGCUUGCCGGUGUGGGAAGCUAUUAAACUGACUGUCUUUGCACCCAGUUGAAAGGGUCGAGGAACUAACCAGGGUGUCAAUGGCACUUUCCUCAAGGACCCAGCUCAGUGGUUAGAGCAUCCCACCAGUAUAUAGAGCAGGGCUCUAGAGGGACAGGCCUGUCUGGGAAAUGUUUCAAAUUUUCAUGCUGGAAGGUCUGAUGGGGUGUUGUUUCUAAUGUUACAGCACAUUUUGAUUGACAAUUAAAGUCGAUUUAGAAACUUAUCAGUACAUCUAUUACUAAAUCAUGUUAUUAUUCUAAGUUUUAUUCAAAAUAUAACAAAAUAGAAAUAGACAUAAAUUUCUUUUGUAAAUGAAGGAGGUGGUCAAGAUUUAGGAAGAGUUGACUCAUUCAACCACCAAACAGCUGGUUUUGAAAAGGAUGAUGAGUUAAAAGCAAACAAGAUCUAUUCUUGUGAUAUACAUGUACAACUGAACCUCUUUUUGAAAAUAAUUUUUAGUGUGCUGUAAACUUAACUAAUGUAGUGCAUUAUUUUUGUUGCAGAUGGCAAUGCUUCAGUUCAUUUCUAGUGGCCUUCCAAAGGUGAGAGUUACUGAUUUAAGUUUCAUUAAUGGAUACAGGAUCUAUUUAUUUAUCUCCCUUUAUAUUUUACCUACAACUGCAUUAUUAUUCUAUUGCUGCAUUGGAUUUUUCUUCAGCAAGUCCUAUUAUUAUAAUAAUUCAGACAUUCUAAUUAGAAUGUCUGAAUGGUCCAUGAGGUCCUUCAUUAAGUCAAGUUUCUUGUUUCUUGUUUUCUAUAAUGCACAUGCAGUUCUAUGCCCACUUGUUUUUCUUUGCUCAGUAACAUAAUUAAAAGACUGAGUUGUGGAAUGUGAUGCCAAGUUUUAGCUAGUUAUAUGCUGGUGUAGCUUCUGAUUGAUUCAGUUUCAGUGGAGUAGAGAGGCCCUUUUUCAUACUACAAAAUCAGUAUGGGCCACCUGUAACUUAUUGAUGAGUGGACUUCCUGUGCCAUUUAUGUACAUAUAGGUUAUUUGAGUUGUGUUGGUUUUCUCUGAUCUGACAGUCCUUUAAGGGUAGGUGAUUUAUGAGUAACGGGUGGGCUACCUACACUAUGUGGAAGCCCUGUGACAUCACCAGCUUGCAAAGAAAGUGGUGUCCGAUAGCCUGGGGCCUAUUGGAUUUUGCUAUCGGGCUAGUGAAUUCCGUGCUUAACUUGCCCGAUCGACAAGUGAUUUUUUUGGGGGAAUUCAAAUUACAGCAGAAAUGUAGUCAAUCCUGCUCAUCAAGUCUUUUUCGGGCUAGUUGGAAUGACUUUCAGGCUAGUACAUGCUAGCUACAGCUUGUCAAAAUGGCAAGCUGGAAAACUGACUUUCUUUGCACCCUGAUCACUGCAUCUUAAUCAUUGAUUACACAGGUUGCAGUCCCCACAACCAUCCACUGCGAUCACUUAAUAGAAGCCCAGAUUGGAGGAGAGCAGGAUUUAAAGAGGGCUAAAGACAUCAAUGAAGAAGUAUACAACUUCUUAGCAACUGCAUCUUCUAAGUAUGGUGUUGGCUUUUGGAAACCUGGUAGUGGAAUCAUUCAUCAAAUAGUGCUGGAGAACUAUGGGUUUCCCGGUGUCCUGUUGAUUGGCACUGACAGCCAUACACCGAAUGGAGGUAAGUAUUUUUGUUAUCUAUGAUGAAUAUAUGAAUUUCAUAUAUUGGAACAGCAGAAUGAAGAAAUGAAUGCAAAGAAGAUCAUCACAGUUUCAAAAUAAAUGUAACUUUAUACAGUUGUGAAAAGAAAGCCAGAAAAAAAAUUGGGCUUGCUGGGAUUGAACUCUGACGUCUUAAACUGCCUUGAUCUUCUUUGCAUUUAAAAGUACUGAAAUUAUCUUACCAGUGAAAAUGUUUUCAAAUUGUAAAAAAAAUUUCUCAUGGUAAACUGUUCUUCAAUUUUUUGCUACGGUUCUUAGUCACCCCAGUGUAUUUUUUAAAUACAGUAAAUCUUGCUCAUGACAUGGCAUAUGACUAAAUCAUUAACAUUUUAUUAAAUCUUUAUUGACUGUAGGUGAUAAAUUUGUCAUCAAACUAUUGUGUGACACUGAUUGGCAUAACUAAUAAUAAAAUUAUCCUGUCAUUGAUUGUUAAUUAUUAUUAUUAUUAUUAUUAUUAUUAAUUAAUCUUUAAUUAUUAAUGCUCGUUAUAUAUACUCUACCUGCCUUACUUUAGGUGGUCUUGGUGGACUUUGUAUUGGUGUAGGUGGAGCAGAUGCUGUGGACGUCAUGGCUGAUAUUCCCUGGGAGCUCAAAUGUCCAAAGGUGAGUGUUAAAAUGUACUUAAAGUAGUAACAGGGUUACAGGGGAUUUACAGAAGACUCCAAGGAUGUCCAGCAUGUAAACAUUUGCUAGAAAAUGAUGUAUGUGAAUAAAGGUGGGUGAAAUGACCCCCUCCUACCCCUAUUGUGAAGAGAGGCCCACUAGCCUGUGCAGAUAAAAUUGUCAAAAUUACUGACAGUACACCGGACCUCUAUUAACAGGCUAAUAUUGUCUCUUUACGGCUGCAAUUUCCUUCCUUGAGGGUGUUUGUCUAAGAGGUUGGAUAACAUUAGAUAACAUCAGGUGAAGCCAGAUUGGACACCUUAACAAAAGGAGACUGGAACAGAACCCCAAUAACCUUGCUGAAUACAGUUAAAAAAAAAAAAAACUGUAGAGUGGCAGUUAUGGAGAGAACAUACUAGAGAGUUAGGCACUGAUCUGGAGUGACUAGGGUUGAGCACUGAACUGAAAAUGGUUAGCUUUCAAAAUCUGUAAUGGAUACCAGUACAUUUAUAUUUUAAAAAUUACUGGAUUUGGCAGCUAAUCCUUGGUGGUGUAGUGGAUAUGAAUGUAGGUUGUGAAGCAAAUGACUCAUGUUCAAAACUUUCCAGUGGUGUUUAUCUAUCUUAUCUUAUGUUACACAGUAAAGUUGGACUUAAGUUGUUCUUCAUUUAAUUUUACUGAGAGAAACAAUCUAGUUUCAGCUAAUGUUACCUAAUGCUAACUGUUUGACUUUGUGUACUGAACGAGGAGGGGAAACCUAUUGGGAACCCCCUAGGAUACUAGGCAGACAUUCCUAGUCAAUUAAAAAUCUAAUUUGGAUCUGUAAAUCCUAGUCCUGAUAGCUUUGGUUUUGUAGGAAUUCAGUCAAUGUAUGUAUUUUACAUAAUAUUAAUUCACUUAUAAUUUUGCCUAGAAUAAUUUUUUAUUAUUGUCCUUUGUUUAUGUGAACAGGUUAUAGGUGUCAAACUUACUGGAGAUUUGAAGGGUUGGACAUCACCGAAAGGUAUUUGUAUUUUGAACUUUUUCUUGUCUUUCUACGUGUUCCUGAAUUUGUGUUGUGGCGAAGUUAGCUCAUAUCGUUGUCCUUUCAUUUACAGAUGUUAUCCUUAAAGUUGCUGAUAUUUUAACAGUGAAAGGAGGAACUGGUGCUAUUGUGGAAUAUUUUGGACCUGGAGUAGAUUCCAUUUCUUGCACAGGUAGAUGUUCUAGGUGCUAAUCAAAGCUUGGACACUUAAAAGGGAGUUAAAGCAACAACAGUUUUGAGCAACACACGUCAACAGGAAAUGGACCUUUUGCACUCUUGGGCCAUGAUUGUGAUCAAAUUAUCAGGCAAAUCAUCUUCAUGAGAGUAACGACACUAAGCAAUACAAAUUUGGUAGCAUCAAGGGAUAUUCAAAAGUAGGUUGAGUUUGAUUGUCUGGGUGAACAUUGUCUUGAAUAGUGACUGACUUUUCGACAACCUGUGCGGUAGUCAUCUUCAGAGUCAACUGAAGUCAACAUCAUCAGUCACUGUCAACAACAACAGUCCUAUUCAGGACUACGUUCACCAGGACGAUCAAACUCAACCUACUUUUGAAAUGACUUCUGGGUUCAAACCUUUCACAGCAUCAAGGGAUAUUGAAAGGGAAAUGGACUAACUUGUGGUUGAUGUGCAUUGCUCAAAAACACUUUGCUUAUUAAGCUACCUAAUGUAACAUUGCUUGCCCUGCUGAACUUUUAGUAUUUUUUAGGAAUGGGAACCAUUUGUAACAUGGGUGCAGAAAUUGGUGCCACCACCUCAGUCUUCCCUUACAAUUACAGAAUGGAAAAGUACCUCAAUGCAACUGGACGUGCACAGAUUGCAGAGCUUGCUAACAAGCAUGCUGAUUUCCUACAAUCUGAUAAUGGUGCAGGCUAUGAUCAGGUUAUUGAAAUCAAUCUCAGUGAGGUAAGCUUUCUACACUAAAUGUACAUUUUACUGUGUUAACAUCAUUGUUGUGUUGAAGAAAAACACAGUAAACUGUAUACCCAAGCAUAAAACAUAAUGCACUGUGAGGGAAUACUCAAGAUUAAGGAGAAAGGAAACAUCUUUGCAAUUCAGGAGGUCUUUAUCUUGUAGACACUUAAAGUUUUGUCUACCUUAAAAUAUCUCUGCUAUUACCAGUAAAAUUGUCAGGCAAUUACAAGAUCAAAAUAAUGCUAAAAAAUAAUAAAAUUUAUUUUAUCAUUACAAGGUAAACAAUUUUUGUAAUGUCCAUUACAGUGUCCAUCGCCAAAACUCAAUAAUAAAUUCUAUGAUAAAGAAAAUGUUCAUGCAUUAUGAAGUAUGCUGUCAGAUAUGAAUAAUACCCAUCAAAUGCAGUUAUAUUUCUGAAAGAUGUUCUAAUGAGGAUGAUACGGGACGGUUAUCACUGUUUUCCUAAUAUUAUUGCUUUCUUUUUUAGCUUGAGCCUCAUGUAAAUGGACCAUUUACCCCAGACUUGGCUCAUCCCAUCUCUAAACUAGGUUCAACAGCAAAAGAGAAAGGCUGGCCAAUGGAUAUUAGAGUGGGUGGGUACAACUACUUCUUUAGUUUGCUGACCCUCUCAUCUGUUCCUCUGGUCAGUAUUAAAAUGCUUUUAGUUCUUAAACUCUGUCAUCUCCUAGAGUGUUAGAAAUUAAACUCUUAUUUUUAUUUUGUAAAAUAAUUUAACCCCAUUCAAUUGAAAUGAAUACAUCUGGCACAAAAAUCAAAAACCUUGUGCUCAUGAUUCAGUCAUAAUAAUAUUAUUUACUGGUGGUCAACAGAUAUUUUCAAAACUAAUUUAUGUGACCUUGGAGCUGGAGGGUGCUCAUACACCUCAGCCCUGGUUAAAAAAAUUAAAUGCUGGACAAGGUCAGUGAAUGCCUAUUUUGAAAGAAGUAAAUGAUGUGUACAGGCAAAGGCUGUCCACUAAUGGCUUAGUAGCCCCUGCAAGUUGUAGUUUCAACAUAUAACACAGGUGUAGAGCUUAUGACAGGGUUACAAGGAUGUAGCAAAGAAAAUGAUAAGCAGGCUGUUUUACUCAUCUGCAUCUCUAAAAUUCCCACACAUCUAUGUUUUCCUGUCAAUUUGAGCUGGUGAUAAGCUCUUUCUUUUUCAACCAGAGAAAUUAGCCGGCAGUUGGGUCUUAGCGACAUGCCUGGGGCUAGUUUGUAGAGUGCUGGUCUGUUGAACAGGAAGUUUAUCCCCAGGUACCACACCAUUUCUAUGGUUUUUAAAUUAAUGGAAGCAGAAGGUAAAUGUACCGUCCUUGUUCCCAAAUGGCUCGACCCACUUCCUUCAAUUUUAUUGCCAAAUAUAUUGACACUUAAAUAAAGUGUUUUUACAGGUCUGAUUGGCAGCUGUACCAACAGUAGUUAUGAAGACAUGACCAGGGCAGCAAGUAUCGCUAAACAAGCUCUAAAACAUGGACUUAAAUCCAGGUACUGUGAACAAAGUGAACAGGUAGAUCACUGUCUCCCAAAUUAAUUCUGAAAGAUUACAUGCCGUUCCUUAGCUCACUUUUGUUAAAGUCUGUACAAUAAAAACUGUAUUGUUAACUGGACUUUGUAUCAAGAAGACAAGAGCACCAGUAAGUCCCAAACUGUUCUUCCCAUAUAAUUAUUCUAUACCAAGUGGACACCUCUGGUAUUGGUUUAUCUCCUAAUAGUGGUCAAAGGAAACAAAAUGCCCAAAAUAAUCAAUUAAAAAAAGAUCCUGCAAGAUAAAUAGUACCAUGCAAAAUUUUUGCCAAGGAGUUUUCAGUUGAAUCGUAAGAUUAAGGGAGAUGGAAGACGUGAGUGUCUACAUUUAGCAUCAUAUUCCUCGAUGGGUUGAGCAGUGUUUAAAUACUCACCCCAUCCAUCGUCACGAUCCUUUGCUGGAAAAUUUAUUAUUGGGCUGUGCUCAAGCAGUACAGUGCUAUGUAGCACCUUGUUAGAAGGAAUCAUAUCUGAACUUCAUACCAGUUAAAUGCUUGUCACUGUAGAUUUCAUAAGUUCAGAGCUCCUAAACUCCCUGCAAUAUUUUUUUUCGAGUACACAGACAAGGCAAGGGAGUGGCAAGGAAAAAGGUUUUGGGAAGAAGUAUAGAAUAUGGAAAGCCCAUUCAACUAUCUCUCUGCACCUGUAUAAUGUACUCUUGUUAACUGAAGUAUGUACCUUUCUUCUUAGGUCAAUGUAUACAGUUACUCCUGGAUCAGAGCAAAUUCGUGCUACUAUUGAAAGAGAUGGAAUUGUAAGUUAUUAUAAUGCUGAUAUCCUUUAUUUCCAGUUAAUUAAUUCCUGUUGUAAGACCUUACAACAUGAUAACAGUCUGUAUAAUAGUGGGUCUCUCAAAACUCAUGUUUUACAAACUUAGUUCACUACAGAUUUGCUUGUAGCUGCUUUGAUAACAAAAGAAUUACACUGACAACAUCAGAAACUUGUAUAUUUUUCUUGGCUGUAAUUUUUACUUCCUUGUUUUUUUAUUUAUGUAGUUACAUUACACAGAUCAAUUCUGUGUAAAUCACAGUGUUUAUUACUGACUGUGUCUAUUUUCAUGUUUUCAUUAGGCAGAAACCUUGAGAGAAUUUGGAGGAACAGUUUUGGCAAAUGCCUGUGGACCUUGCAUUGGUCAGUGGGACAGGUCAGGAGAAAUUUCCCUUUCUUCUUUUUUCUUUUCCAUCAGUGGACAUAACGUUUGAACACAUCAACUAAUCCAAAAGCAAACAGUAGAGGAAAGGGUCUAAUAAUCUUUUGUGUUCACUUUUAUCGUAAUUUUGCUAUGCACUUACAUGUUUUAGACUAAAGCCCAGUGCAAACAUCAAUCUUUUCAUGUACCAAACUUAAUACCUAUUUAGGUUGACCCAAAUGAUAUAAGUUUGACGGUUGAUUCAGAUGCCACACUUAAUAUUAUUUAUUAGUCGGACUCAAUUCAUUUUCACAAUGUUCAGUGGUCUAAAAUGCUCACAAGUGAAAAUAAGUUUAAGUGAUUUAUAUAAUUGUAGUGAUUUAUGCAUUAGGUUUGGCACAUGAAAAGUUCGAUGUUUGUAACGAAGUUAGUUGCUCCACAGUCGAAAUUCCCAUGUGGCCACUCCCUCUUAAUUCAUGGGUCCACCCAGAUUAGAUAUGUUGAACUUAAUUGAAUCAAAUGUCGAUCUUUUUAUGUCUUUACUUGAAGGGAUUAGGUUUGGUACAUAAAAAGAUCAACAUUUGAACUGGGCCUAAAGAACAUUAAUUUUGUCUUGGAGCUGUUGUUCAGCAAAUAAUACUGCAGGUGUAAUGCUGCAGUGUUGAACACUUUCUGGGAAACUUUACCUUAGUCCUGUAUUUUUUAUUCUUUGCUCUGCUGUGUAAUUAGGUAUCAGUAAAAUGGAUAGUACUGGGAUUUAUACCCCACCAAUAGGGGAAUGGCAAAACACCUGUAGUAUAAAAAACCUACCACAAAGGCUUUAAAAGAACACAAUUUAUUCAUGGCUGCCAUAACACUUAGUAACAACACUCUUUGCACACUCUCUCAUUUUAAUACAUCCUGAAUGCAAGUCCAGGAUGUGAGUAAUGGAAAACUGCUGUACACACAACGCCUUGUAAUGCUUCAUGUUUAGAUAAACAUCUUUGCUUUAGGUCUCGUGAGUAACUUUACUAAUGUAUGCUAAAAAUUGUAUUUGUAGACAAGACGUCAAGAAAGGAGAAGCAAACACAAUUGUGACAUCAUACAACAGAAAUUUCACAGGCCGAAAUGAUGCCAAUCCUGCAACUCAUGCCUUUGUAACUUCACCAGAGGUACGUGAAAGAACUUGCUGCAUGCAGGGUGGCAAAGACGUCUAGAUUUAUAAUCCCAUGCAUUUUUGUCACUUAAAUCGAGGUGAUAGAUUGAUGGUUUGACAACCUGUGUGAAAAGCAAUCAUCACACAAGUUGAGUUGUGUAGUAUUGCAUCAAACACUGGUUAUUGACCUGACUGGUCAUUCAAGUUAUGAUAUUUUUGUUUGUUUGUCAGUGUUAUUUACAAGUGUCACAGCCAUUGUGUUAGAGUCUAAAACAAUAGUUACAAUUGUAAAUUACACUUGUAGAUGUUUAAUUAAAUAUUAUUGAUCCCAGGACAGCCAUAUAAAUUCAACCUACUAAUGCUAUGUAACUCUUGUGGUCGACCCAUUUUAUAGUAGUGUAAAAGAAAGCUCUGGUGAACACUUGAAUUGUUAAUGUUUCGAUAAUUUUUGUCACUUUUCAGAGAAAUAUUAGUUAUUUGAUUGAAAUUUUUUGUCAGUAAGCAGUUAACAUAUUCUCUGGAAUUAGCCCUCUCUGAUGUGUUAUAUUGUAUGCUGUAAUCUUUUACCAGUUUGUUUGACAAUGUAUUGAUGUUGAAAGGAGAAUCUGUACAUUGGCUAGCCUGCAAGUAGGCUCACUUGGGCAAAUUAGGAGAAAAGUUUGGCGGCAGAGCCACCAUCCAGUAAGGAAAACCCGAAUUCACACAUGUGAGCCUGUUUGCAAGCUAUACAUUGAUCAUUCUCUGAUUAUCUUGAUAGAUGGUUACAGCACUGUCCAUUGCUGGUGAACUGGACUUUAACCCUCAGACAGAUUCUUUAACUGGCACAGAUGGUAAGAACAGAUUAAAUUAUAUGUUGCAGAUACUUUUUUAAUUUAUUUGUAGAAUGAUCAAAUCACCAUUUUUUUUUGGCUAAAUUCAAAGUUGAAAUAAUGGUGUAUUGUUUUCAAAUUUAUUUUAUAGGUACAGAAUUUAAACUGGAGAGUCCUUAUGGAGAUGAACUACCUGAUAAGGUAAUGAGUUGUAUCUUUUCAUACAUUAAUAUUGACCAAGGAAGCCCGUUUAACUGUGGUAAGUUUCAAAGGAGGCCAUAGCAAAGUGUAUAGACUAAGACUGAUCUCCAAUAGGUCCUCUAUUUAAAUUCAUUUUAAAAAAGUCUUGGAGAAAGUUGAUCAGACAGAAUAAGGUUGAUAAUGUAACUAAUUCUCUACACAGUGCACAUGUGCUUUUGCUAAUGAUUUUGUUUAAAAGAAACUGGUAAAUUAGGUGAAUUUUUGACUUGUUACUUGUGUUGAUCACUUUGUUGUGAAUCAGGCUCAAAUAUUCCUUAAAAUUGUUGCAGGGCUUUGAUCCUGGCGAGGACACGUACCAGGUUAGUGAUAAAUCUUAUUUAAUACUGUAAAAUCUUGAAAUCAAAUAGCCUAAUGCAACAGUAAUGAUGAAGAGGUUUUAUUGACAAAAUUCAGACGGUAGGGUUUUGUAUGUGGACUCAAAAGUUACCAUGGUACAACAAACAUCUUGCAAAAUUUUCUUUAGAGGUCAUGAAUGGUUUUAACCAUAUUUGAGAAGUACAAUAUUCUCACCUGCAAUGAGGCAAAAUUUUAGAUGCAUUCACUGUUACUUUUGCUUUUUAUUUGCCAUGCCCACAUGGUAUUUAUUUUACAAAAAAAGUAAAAACAGAGCCUGACUGUUGCUAAAAUGUUGUUUUCAACAUCUUUGGGAUUACAGUACCUUUACAUGGUUGGUUUUUUCUUCCUUUUAUUCCACCACAGGGUUAAAAAUUAUUUUAUUCAUUAUUUUCAACAAGAAAUUAUCCUCUGUUGUUUUCAACUUAUGUAUCUGUGGAAUAAAUGGCCUGGUCUUGUUGAUGAAUGUUCUUUUAUGACUGAACUUUUUUUUCAACUUUACAGGCCCCACCAGCUGAUGGCUCAUCAGUAUCUGUAGAUGUAAAUCCUCAAAGGUAAGUCUUUCUUGAUCUUGGAUGAUGACUGCAUACUGAGGAUGAGUUCAACCAACAUAAUUAACCUAGCCAUUAACUAAACACCGAGGAGAUGUCUUUCGUUUUAGUUUGUAGAGUGAGAUGUGCGAGAGUUGUAAAUGGUCAGAUGUGCGAGUGAGUUAAGUGUGAUGGGAGAGGCCCCCCAAAAAGUCUUUCUUUUUCUUGCUUCAUGUGACUUCUCCACUCAUUGCACCCCUUUAACUUUGAUGAAAAGUAAGAGACUGUUCGUAGUCUAUAUAACUAUGACAGUGGUGUUAUGAAUAACUGUCACUCUCCUCAACUUUGUGUGUCUUGCCCUGUUAGACACACUAGUUUUUCCACCCCAUAACAUCCCUUACCAUUCUGGGUCUAAAUACCAACUUCUUGGACAGAAAUCAAGGUACUGAAUUACCUACUGAAGGGUUUUUCCGUGUUUUAGGUAUUAAUAAUAUUGUAGUUUAUAAGUUGUUUCUCCCAGUAGAAAAUAAUAGGACUUGGGAUUUGUGAAUUUCACCAAAAUUAUAUUUUUCAAUCGGAAUUUGGUUUGCAAAGAGCUCCUCAAACUUUUAUUCAGUGUUUUCAAGAGAGAAUUCAAUAGUCGCCCUUGUGAUAUUUUGCAUGGCUUGCUUUGAGUCAGUCACCCAUGGACUUGAUAACAGUUCAUGCGGACGUCUCUGGAAUCAGACUUCCCUUUAAUUACAACCUCUAAAUAACUUGAGUGAAAUUAACAUCUUCUGACCAACGCCCGAAAAUUCCACCUCCGUCCCAUUAUUGUCUCUUUUCUCUCUGUUCCUGUAGCAACCGGCUUCAACUUCUGUCUCCCUUUGAUAAAUGGGAUGGGAAAGACCUUCAGGAUAUGACCGUCUUGCUCAAGGUAAUUAUUGCAAAUUGUUACAAUUGGUCUGACAAGGAUAAUAAAUCGCAGGGAUAUAAGUGAGCGAGACUUAAACCAGCAAGUGUUGCCCUUUAAUUUUUCACAAACGUGCCAUCAGAAAAAGAUAGAAAAGUUGUAGUGUAUUCAAUCCUGCAAAUAGGUAAAUGUAGCUCAGCCUUUUACAGUUUGUCAUCAUGAAAGGUAGUCCUUGCUUUUAUCAAAUUGGUAGAAGUGUGCACUGAUUAGUUGUUUGUUAGUUUGGUUGUUAUUAAUAGUGGAGCCAAUUGCAAAGUUUUACUGUAAGGAUCCAAAGAGUUCUGAACAACCGGGGCGUCCUGUGUGUACAUUUUAAGAUUUCCUUGUCGCAGACACCUAAAGGGAGAAGUUAGCCGACCUGGGCCACUAAAGCACAGCCUAGUGAUGUCUUAAUACAUUCACAUUUUAUUUACUUAUUUCUUUACCAGGUAAAAGGAAAGUGUACCACAGAUCACAUCAGGUAGGAACACACUCUUACCAUAGUAUCGGUAUCUCCUUUUGUGUCACGCAUUCAUGUCACACAACCGGGAUUGCAUGACACAGGAAGAUUGUCUGACAGAAAGGGAAAAAUAAAACAAAGAUCAGGGGAGUGCCUUGAGAGGAAAUUUAACAUUAUUUUUUCCUCAAGUGUCUCAAGCUAAAAUCCUUUCUUACGCUGUUCAGGAAAAGAAACAUUUGUUCAACUACAGUGUUUAAGACAAACAAAAAAGUAGUGUGAACUACUUGAAUAGGAGAAAAGGAAAAAUAUUCGAUGUUUACCAUCCAGAAUGUCUGAGUUCUGUUAACUUAGAAUGUGUUUGUGUUGUAUAGUGCUGCAGGUCCAUGGCUCAAAUACAGAGGACAUCUGGAUAAUAUUUCCAAUAACAUGUUUAUUGGGUAAGUAUAGAUGGUAACCAGCCUGCUAAUGGCAGUAGUAUAGGACAAUUUUACACUCUUUGAUGACUUUGUUAUCGUUAUUGUUAUCGUUCAACUCUGUUUACCAGACAUCAGCCCCAGUGUCUUGCUUAUAAUGUAAGGGAUUUGAAUGAUUAAAGUGAUUAGAGACUGUUUCUCCGACAGAGCUAUCAACAGCGAGAAUGACAAGGCAAACCAUGUCAAGAAUCAGGUGACAGGGGAGUACGGGGCAGUUCCUGACACUGCAAGAUACUACAAGGUAUGCGGUCAAACUUGAACUAAGCUCUUGUCAAUUGUAUUCAAUCGAAGAGUCAGCCAAUCGUAGUUACUAAAUGGAAAAGCAAGACAUUUAUUGACCUGGAAAUAACUAGAAAACGUAAAAAUAGUACAUGACCUUAUCUUAAUGAGAUUCCCACGCAUUUUAUUCGUGAGAUAAAGAAAAAACGCAACUUUAUGGGACUCCCCUGCGAAAUAAAGGAACAACCCACGCUCCUUAUACCUGGUAACAUAGGUGGUAACGCUGUUUGUUUCACAAAAUUAAUGCUAACAGUAAUGACGAUAUUAUAGAAGUACCCUUGUGGCUUUAUCAUUUGUAUAAAAUGCAUUUAAUGUUGAAUACUAUGAAGUGGUUGUUUUUUCUUUACUGCUAUCAAGGCCAAUGGUAUCAACUGGGUUGUAGUUGGAGAUGAGAAUUAUGGCGAAGGCAGCAGUAGAGAACAUGCUGCUCUUGAACCGAGACAUCUAGGAGGAAGGGCGAUCAUCGUCAAGAGUUUUGCACGUAUUCACGGUAUGUUUAUUCACGCAGGGUUCUGGUAUCGUUUUUCUUUUUUUUAACUAAGCAUUUUUCAGGGUGAGUACCCUGCGUUCCUCUCCUCCCAGUUUUCCGUGUGAUAUUCGAAGUCGAUCGCCGAAUUCGCAGAGGUCAUGCUACUGCGGUUAACUGCCCCUAAGCCGGACUUGCUUUGUAACCGGCACUCUGUGUCCAUCUUAGAGAGAUGGAGAGUGAACUAAAAGGAGUGGAGAAAUGCAGGGACCAACUCUAGGUGACCAUCUUAGAGAGAUGUCCAUCCUAAAUAGUGUGAACUAAAGGGAGUAAAGUAAGGCAGGGACCAACUCCAGGCAUCCGUCCGUCCUAGCGACAACUGAAAGGAGAAAUGAAAGGCAGUGACCAACUCUAGACUUCGUAUUAACGAGGUGCCAGUCUAAUAGAGGAUGGACUGUAUCUUGAUUUCUUAUGAGAAGAGUACAGUGUCCAUUGAGACAAGGAUGGGAAGUAACGUGGUUGACCCCCGUACACUCGAGCAUUGUUUUUUUUGUCACCCGGCAGUCAAAGUCGGAACAAUUACACAGAAAGUAAAGGACUUUGAACCGUUUUUUAUCGUUCUCUUUCCAAGCGUUUAUAUUUUGUUCCAUUGUUGUCUCCAGUUUUGUCCUAUAAAGCCAAGUUGAAGAGGCGUUUAGCGUCCCAAAAUUUUGGUUGUAAGCAAAAACUCCUGGACAAGCAUAACUGGUUUCAUUCGGCAGCAGUAAUUGUUGCGUCUUUGAAACUGGGUUAUACUUGGUUAGGUCUGCACUUCACAAUAUGAUUUGAACUAUUUCUUAUUGUUUCCUUACAGAAACAAAUUUGAAGAAGCAAGGUAAGAUUUGUGCCUCUUUUGGUAAAAACUUGAUUUACUCUUUGACAAAUGUGAGCUUCCAGUAAUUAAUCAUGAAUGAAGCGAACACAAAGGAAUUUACCACUGUGUAGGAAGAGUGGAUUACAGAUACUAAGUGCCAUAAUAUAUUUAGACUUCUAGCUUUGAACAGCGUCAGAAUUGUUUUUGUUUUAAGGAGCAAACACUUGAUCUUAGAAUAAGAAACACUUGGUCUUAAAAGAACCCAGCUGCGCCUUUUUUGGCGACCCCGAACUUUAGCUUCUUGUGAUUGGAUAGCGGUUGAAACAUGUGUCUCGUGUGAUACAUUACCGGUACUUUACUAUCCAGUGGAUAACACAUUUGGGUUUAUAUGAAUGAAGAUCAUUGCAGUUAUAUUCGCGGAGGUCAAGGGUUCGAAUCCCGUACAAACCUGAAUUUUUUUCAGGAUUUUUGUCGCAACUGCAAAAGUUGCGUAUAUAACUGCGAUGAUCUUCAUUCAUAUAAUUCCUCACUCCGCAGUUCACAUGUAUGAUUUUCAUAUAUUCAUAACUUCAACAUUUGGGUUUGUUACCGGAGACUGGGUAGUGAUUUCAUAAGUGUGGAACGUUUUCCAUAGACUACAAGCAGUCUUUUUUAUUAUUAGUCCGUCUAGCGAAACGCGUGGAAGACGAAAAAUGCAACCCGUCGGGCAGCAAAUCGCACACGCGUGAACUGCCGCCCUCGCGUUUUACACGCGCGUGCGCUUCCCUCACUAAAUCUGUACAAAAAGAGAGACUGCUUGGGGUCUACUUUUUUCGCCUUUGCACCGACUGCUCUGAUCUAGUGUGUUUUUCUUUGGCAGGUCUGCUACCUUUGACAUUUGCUAACUCGUCUGACUAUGACAAGAUUCUACCUGAUGACAAGCUCUCACUUCUGGGGCUAACAGACCUUGCUCCUGCAAAGGUAUUUUGGCUAACACUAUCUUUUAAAGGCAGAAACGUACAUUACAGUCGCUAUUUAUGAGUCUGGAGGAAAGGCUUAGUCUCACUGAAGCAUGCUGGGAGUCAUGGGAACGCUCUGCGCGCCUCAAUACAAAUCCAACCCUCUCUCAUCCCGAAAACUCACAAAAAGUGACUGGGUGUGCGUCUAUCGUAAUUGGGCAGUUUGGGCAAGAUUUAUUUCCUUUUAAAGGAGCAUUAAAUGCAGCAAAAGUGUUGAUACGAAUGGAGUUUAAACAGGUGGCUACACGUGAAGUUACUAUGCUGAAAAUAAAAGUGAUCUAUUAACUACCCGUAGGAAAGAAGUGAACUCAAAACUUGAAACGCGGGGCCGAUAUUCCCUCUGUUAUAUUUGGCUUAAGUCGUUCAAGGUAAAAACUAUUGAGUUUUAGUCACUUUUGCAGUGGUUUUAUCUUUAUUAGAUUUAUUUUGAUUUCAAAUCGAACUCGCGUUGCGCACUCUACCGAGUUUAAAGUAACGCGUAUGAUUUCAGACCAAAUUGCACUCCACUCAGUUCAAAUUACCAUUAUAACCUUCAGGGUAUCUUGUGUAUGCAGACGUGUAUGCAUCUGCGUGUGCAGCCUUUGACUUAGAAUAAUUUUCUCCGUUGUUUUAACGCGUCUUUACCAUCUUCUCAGGACUAUUGUUUUUUCUUUUCUUUUGUCUUUCAGCCUGUUAAGUGUGUAGUGAAACACGCAAAUGGAAGUCAAGAUGAAAUGCAGUUGAAUCACACUAUGAACGAGACGCAAAUUGAGUGGUUCAGAGCCGGCUCUGCCCUCAACAGAAUGGCAGAAAUGUCUUCAAAGUAGAACGAGCUCCUCCUCGUCUUCAUCCCAGUUUUUGGUACCCUUUGUUCCGCGUCAUCUCCGCUUCAUAGAGCAAUAAAAGAAAAUCAGUGAUAAAGUAACGAGGCUUUCAUGAACAUUUUCUUAGACGCCAGUGCAAUAUUUGCGUAUAAUAUUGACGUUUUAUUGUGAUACGAUGAACAGUUAUCCCCGUGUCCCCUUCUUUCCAAUGAAUUUACAAUAAAGGACAAUUUUGUUGCAAUUUCUUUUGUCCAAAAUUAUUUUCAGAAAGAGACUCUUUUAGAGGCGUGUCUUUUUACAGAAGUCUGCAACGGUUUGCUUUGUUAAUAAACAGCUUAAAGAGAAAGGAUAGUUGAAUAUGAUUGAUAUUGUUCAUCUUCAAUAAACAAGGACACUCUU